GGAAUGUCGAACUUCAUCUCAAUUAAUGUUGGUCCUAAAAGAAAAUUAUAUAUGCAACUCCUAUCAAGUGGCGUUGCUAUUCUUGAUUGGAAUGGUUGCUUCUAUUUCUUCAAGUAAAUAUGGAUUGCUUUUUCAAUCUUCAAAACGUCCACUCAUUCGUCCAUUAUUACCGGUAUAUUGGUAUCGAAUGUCAAUCAUGCUCCCUUCACUUGUUAAUCACUUGCCAUUGUUUCGUAUAAAGCACAUUGUUCAAACAGUGUUGACUUUUAAUUUGGUAUUUCGAGUUGGUUCCCAUCCAACCUGUCUUUUCCCUUGUUCGAAUCUUUUCCAAAUUCCUAGUGUGAUAUCUAGAUAUAGAGUCGAGACUAGGUAAUUAUUUACAGUCUAUUUCGCUUCAGACCCUUGCGGGCAACGUUGAAUAUGCCUGUGGGACUAUUGCGGAUCUUCUCGUUAACCUAGGAAAGCUGGUCCCUUUGGCCAGGGCUAGCCUGCUACCUGUGGUCGCGGAAUGCUUAACUGCAAAGGAGGUUGUUAAAAAGCUGAGAGUACUCUUAGCUCCAGGAGGAACCAUGGACCCUUAUACGGCAUAUAGAAGUUAUAACGGGCAAGUCGAGGACCUCGAGCCCUGUUUCGAAGUCGUUCUUCACGCUAUAUCGGAAAUACUCGUCGACGUUGAUUACGAAACUACACGUUUACGUCGCUAUCAUACUUGGGGGGAUCCUCUUGCAUCCUCGAAAGUGGUCCCGGUUAUACAAGACUUCUUUAUAGAUGCUAGGUUUUGCCUGCGAAGAAGCCGGUCAUCUCUGUGUCUCAUAAUCGAUUGUCUUCAGAGGGGAAAUUUGUCAGGGGCAACUAUUCAACUCAUAGACCAAACAUUUCUGACGCACCCCACGUUCGCGAAAGCAGCGGAGUCUUCAAGGUUACAGCCUCUGGUAGCGAUUGAGCUACAUAAGAUAUCGAGACAACUAGAUGUACGGUCGCUUCUGACUAAGUAUCGACCCAAGAGCCUACGUUCCCGCGAGAAUUAUUACAGCCUCACUCGCAUGCUACAUCAUGCAAUCACCGAAUGCGACCAUAGUGCAGUACAUAGAUGCCUUUUAGCGAACACAACCCCAGAUACGCCUCUAGAAGAAUCAGGGGUUGUACCAAUUCACCGAGCUCUGAACCAAAUUGAAGCGUCGCUUGUUUCGGAAAAUAAGACAGCCACAAGGGCGUCGAAUUCAAUCGUGAUGGCCUUACUUAUCGCGGGUGCUAGUCUCAAAGUGCGAGACGAAAAUGGUCGGACUCCCCUCAUACGAGCUGCUAUGAACGAAAUGCCCGACUCUAUAAUAUCCCUGAUGUUGGAAUUCGGAGCUUCUGUCCAGACUAAAGAUAGACAAAGGAACACGGCUCUUCACUAUGCGGCGGUGAAGGCUCCUUCGGAAGAAAUGGGUAAUAUUGAUACUAUCAGGGUCUUGCUAGCCUAUGGCGCCGACCAGAGCCUUAGGAACAAGAGGGGACGUACCCCUUUGCAUGAAGCCGUCUUGUUUGAGUGCUUCGACCGCGCUCAGGAGCUCUUGGAUUACGGAGCCGACUUAGAAAUAACGGAUAAUAAUGGGUGGACUCCCUUACUUUGUGCAGUCACCAAAGGGAAUUCGGCAUUGACAAAGCUUUUAUGCGAUCGGGGCGCUAUUGUUGACAAGAAAGAUAAGAAUGGACACACGGCCUUUCACUACGCCAUCUCCCAAGGAUCUGAGGAAGUCUCCAAGGUUUUGCUAGAUGCUGGGGUAGAUGUGAACCUCAUCUCCAAAGGUGAAACUCCCCUCUGUCGAGCAACGUCCAAGUCAAACCUGUCACUUGUUAAGCUCCUUCUAGCAUACGGUGCCGACGUUAAUUUGUCAUCACCUGGCUACUACGGUGCUCUGCCAGUACACGUUGCUGCCAUGGGGAGAGAUGUGGCUAUUUCUGAAGCUCUCCUGGGGGCGGGAUCCCCAAUUAAUGCCUUGGACGACGAGUGCCGCACGCCGUUAAGGUGGGCAAUGGACGGCGGAAAGAAUGAGUUGGUACAUUUUCUGAUGAGUAAGGGGGCAGCGAAGUGACUUCUCUUCUAUAACGUUAUAAAUGACACACAAGUUGUAGACCUAGACAUUUUUGUGUCUAGCUGCAAGGCUUCUUUUUUUGGAGGCUUAAUCUAAUAUUAUCUGGGUACGCACCGGACCUUAUGAUUCGGGUCGCACUUGAUGAUAAUGAUAAGCCAAUCACGAGAGUCAGAUGAUCCCGAUUGGGAAUAUCUAGUUUGGAC